AUGGCCAACUCCUACGCGUCUACACCUACAUCAUCCACGGCUGCUGCUCCCACCGCCAGCUCUCAAGAAACAGACGCGCCCCAGGAACCCCAGCCUGCAUCUAGCGGUGCCGCCGCAUCUAUCGAGGAAGAGGAUGCGCCACCUCGUACGGAUACAGGGGAAAUAGAUAAAGGGGACUUGUACUCUUGCCUUCCGUCAACGCUCGAGUUGCGUUCGAACCGGACAUCUGGACGAGGAGUAUAUGCUACCAAGGGACUCGCGCCUGGCGAGAUCGCGUUCGUAGCGCGCCCCCACAUCCACGUCCUCUCGACGCGCAAUCUCGCGAGUUACUGCUCUGCCUGCGCACUUCCCGGAGAGAGCCUGCGACGCUGUCCGACGUGCAAGGUCGCACACUACUGUGAUGCCGACUGCCAGAAUCGCGAUUGGUCCCUGCACAAAAAAGAAUGCCCCGCACUCGUCCGAUGGGCUUCGGCCACGCCCAACGCGGACGUUGCUGUCCCAGCUGAACCUAUACGAGCUCUUGGACGCUGGCUCUGGGCCAGGCAGAAGCACGCGUCUCCAACUGUCUGGUCACGCGAGAUGGAUGGGAUGCAAAGCCAUCGUGGUUCUCUGCCGGCUGAAGCAGCCGAGGGCCAUACCCAUCUCGCGCAUGCCGUCGUGCGCUACCUCGGGCUGAAUACCCCGCCCGAGCUUGCUGCCUAUGGCAUCAAGAACGCGGCCGACGUUGUGGACUUGAUAUCCCGCUUCACGACCAACGCGCUCACGCUGACUUCACCUGCAUUGACGCCUCUGGGCGUAGUUGUGAGCCCGGCUGUAGCGUUACUCAAUCACUCUUGCGCACCGAAUGCGGUGGUUGUGUUCCCUCGCACGGCAGAACGAAAGGCUGAGCCGCUUAUGCAUGUUGUUGCCAUUCAGCCCAUUGCACCUGGAGAAGAGAUCUUGACUGCGUACAUCGACACUACCCUUCCCCGUGCCCAAAGGCAAGCCGCCCUACACGCCACGUACAACUUCAACUGCGCGUGCUCCGCGUGCACCCUCCCUCCUUCGUCGGAUCCUCGCGCCUCGCGACCUUGUCCCCGCGCACCUGCAUGCGCUGGGUCAUGCGCGCUCCCCCUACCUCCCAAUUCCGGCACGCAGCCAGCACAGACGACGAAUGACGCAGAAGAGGUAGACACCCGGUGCAACAAAUGCAGCACCCCACUCCCCGACGCGUCCGCCCUAUCAGACCUCCUCCGCGUAUCCCAAGACGGCCUCGACAAAGCCCACGCCCUCCAACUCUCCAACCCCACGCACGCCCUCCAACUCACCAACAACCUCCUCCCGCUCCUCCUCUCCUCAUCCUGCCCGCCCGCCUCGCACCCCCGCCUCGCCCUCACGCGCCUCCGCCAAGGCCUCCUGCUCGACCGCCUCGCCUCGAGCCCCGACGACGCGAACGAGGCGCAGGCGAGGCUGGACGAGUGCGUGCGGGCCGCGACGGCGAGCGUGGAUGGGCUGUGUGGGGUGCUUGGGCCUGGGCAUCCCGUUCGGGCGCUUGCGUGGGCGGAGUAUGGGAAGUUGUUGGCGGUGGACGAGCCCGCGCCGAGGGGCUUUGUCGAUGGUGUGCCUGUGGAACCGAAGUCGCUCACGGAGGGGUCCGACGCAGAGGGCGAGAAGAGCGUGUUCCCGCCGUCUGGCGCGCCGAGGUUGCGGCUUGCUCGCGAGGUUCUUGUUCGCGCGCGAGAUGAGCUUUUGGAUGAUGCCGAUGCUCCUUCACACGGAGGCGCAGAGGGCUUCCGUGUCAGAGGGUGGUAG